GUGCUCUUUGUUGUGUGAUGCGCCCACAAGUGUCCAAGGUUUGUAGCUGACUGAUGCCUUCUUUCUUCGUUAAUUUUCGGUUUCAACCAUGGAUCGACCAAAGAUUGUUAGACACAAAGCAACUGUCUCUGGACUACCUGGAUUCUCAGCAAAUUUUCUCGCCACAUUUAUGAUUGCAUUCCCAAUAUUUUUCUGCUGGUUUUGCUUCAUAACAAUUCACAACUAUGGAGGAUCGCUGCAGCUCGCUGGACAAGCCUUGUUGGGACAUAUUGCCUCUGGUGACAUUGCUCGUUUUCUGUGGUCUACUAUUCCCCGUGUAACGUUUGACGGUGCUUGCUUUUAUUUUGGCUGGAUUUUCGUGCAAGCAAUGUUUUACCUGUUUAUGCCAGGCCCAUCAGGCUACGGUCAGAUGACCCCCGGUGGUAACGUGUUGAAGUACCACUGUAAUGGCCUCAAUUCAUGGAUAGUAACCCACAUUGCUGCUGUGACGGGGGUAUACUUUGGAGUUUUUCAAGGAACAAUAAUUUUUGAUAAUUUGGGCUCAUUUUUUGUCUUGGCAAAUUUAUCUGGUUUGGCAUUAAGCUUCUUUGCACUUUUCAAGGCCUAUAAUUUCCCAACUCAUGCAGAGGAUCGACGGUUUUCCGAUUCAUUGGUGUACGACUUUUUCAUGGGAAUCGAACACAAUCCAAGAAUUGGCAACCUCGAUUUCAAACUUUUCUUCAAUGGAAGGCCAGGUAUUCUUGCGUGGACACUAAUUAAUUUGUCUUGUGCUGCCAAACAGUUUCAGCUUUAUGGUCAUGUUACAAAUUCGAUGAUCAUAGUUAAUGUCCUUCAUGCGAUGUAUGUCGUUGAUUAUUUCUAUAAGGAGGACUGGUACCUCCGUACAAUCGAUAUUGCGCAUGACCAUUUUGGAUUCUACCUUGCUUGGGGCGAUCUUACAUGGCUUCCUUUCAUGUAUACCAUUCAGUGCUACUUUUUGGUACACAACCCUGUGCAACUUUCAGUAUUGGCUGUCCUUGGUAUCUCGGUUCUAGGAGGCGUUGGUUAUUUCAUAUUCCGUUCUGUAAACUCGCAGAAAGACAACUUCCGCAUUGACAUGCAAACAAAAGGCAAAAGUAUUAUAUGGGGAAAGCCUGCCAAAUACAUCCCAGCCACUUACUACACAACUGAUGGAAAACUGCACAAAAGCCCUCUGCUAAUGUCAGGAUGGUGGGGUUUAUCAAGGCACUUUAAUUAUGUUGGAGAUUUGAUGGGUUCUUUGGCUUACUGCCUUCCUUGCGGUUUCACGCACCUUCUUCCUUACUUCUAUAUCAUCUACAUGACUAUUCUUCUCGUACAUCGUGUUUACCGCGAUGACGUCAGAUGUCGAGAAAAGUACCGGGAAUUCUGGGACCGUUACUGCAAAGAAGUCCCAUAUCGUAUAGUACCGUACAUUUAUUAAUAGUGGCAUAAAAACGAGAUAUAUUAGAAAAGAAGUUAAUCGAAAUGAUUGUGAGUAUAUAACGAGUAUAUAACGAGUGGUUGGCUUAUUCAUAUUAAUGUAACAAUCAAACCAAUGGAAAUUCA